CAGAAUUUCACAGUUAUCAUACUCGAAACUGUACGAAUCACAAUGACUCCUACAACCAAAGAGCUUUCUGUUCGUGAGGUCUUGGAGCAGCUCACGCUUGAAGAAAAGGUGUCGCUCCUGUCUGCUCAGGAAUACUGGAGAGUACCCUCCAUACCCCGCCUUGGCAUCAAAGCCCUCAAAACUAGUGAUGGUCCCAACGGAGUCCGGGGCGAAGCCCUCCACGCUUCAACCAAGGCUACCUGCUUCCCCUGUGGUGCUUGCAUGGGCUCGACUUUCAACGUUGGGCUUCUGCAGAAGAUUGGCGUGGAACUAGGCAAAGAGGCCAAGUUGAAGAAUGUCGGCGUGCUAUUGGGCCCUACCUUCAAUAUUCAUCGCCACCCUUAUAGUGGCCGUAACUUUGAGUCCUACUCAGAAGACCCAGUUCUUUCUGGAGAGCUGGCAGCUGCAUACAUCAACGGCUUGCAGUCGCAGAAUGUGGCCGCAACACCCAAGCACUUCGUUUGCAACGAAUGCGAAGAUGAGCGCAAUAACUCCAACUCAAUCGUCGACGAGAAAGUACUUCAAGAGAUUUACAUGCUGCCGUUCCAGACAUGUAUCCGCAAGUCCAACCCAUGGGUGAUUAUGACCGCGUACAACAAGGUGAACGGCGACUGGUGCUCGGAGAAUGAAUUCCUGUUGGAGCAAAUCCUCAGAAAGGAGUGGAAAUUUGACGGCUGCGUCAUGUCGGAUUUCGAGGGCGUGUACACAGACAUCGAGCCACUGAAGAAGGGUUUGAACCUCGAAAUGCCCGGUCCAUCUCUCUACCGCGGACAAAAGACAAUCGAUCUCGUCAAGGCGGGUAAAAUAUCUGAAGCUGACAUCGACCGCAAUGCCGCACGAGUUAUUGAACUAUCCCGAAAAGUCGGAAUGUUGGAUGAGACGGCGCCGGAAAGGGCAGUCCUUGAUGCGCAAACUACUGCAGUUGCUCGACAGACUGCAGCUGAAGGCAUAGUCCUUCUGAAGAACAAGGACAACUUGCUUCCAAUCUCACCCGACACUUCAAUGAAGAUUGCUGUUUUCGGUGCUCCAGCAACCGUUCCUAUUAUUCACGGAGGUGGCAGUGCUUCUCUAACCUCCCACUACGUCGAAACACCGCUUUCAGCACUCACAAAGACGUACUCUCAUGUUGAGUACAACUACGGCGUCCCAAUCUUCCGCAAACUUCCGAGUGCGCCAAUUGAUUGUAUGAAGACGGCGGCGGGAGAGCCCGGGGUGGACUGCCACUGGUUCAACGGGUGGAACUUUGGAGAAAACGAGAUUCUCCAUGAGCGACUGGACACAACAAGAACACUUGUCAUUGACUCGAGGAUUGGAAACCUCGAAAGGAAGCAUUGCACUCGCAUGGAGUACACCUUGACUCCCAAGUCAACUGGAACUCAUACCUUUGGCAUCACAGCGUGUGGAGAGACACACCUCUAUGUCGACGGCAAGGAGGUCGUCUCCCAUGAUGGAUUCGACUAUAUCGCAGUCCCCCAUAUAAUGCAGCCGUGGCGAUACGAGAAUCAAGCGUCGAUGGAAAUGAAAGCAGGACAGCCCUACAAGGUCAUCAUCGACACGCUGUCCACCAUCGCACCACCACCUCCGCCACCAGCGCGACAAAUUCCUCCGCAGGCGACGCAGGUUGGGUUUUUCGAAAAUCUUGGCAACCAAGACAUGGGCAGGCUUGAAGAUUUGGCUCGCAAAAGUGACGUCUCUAUCGUUUUCACUGGCAACAACAAGGAGUGGGAAUCCGAGUCUUUCGACCGGAACAUUCUCGGCCUCAGUUCAGUGCAAGAACAGAUGAUUGUAGCUGUUGCAAACGCGUCGAAACGAACAGUGGUAAUCAAUCAAACUGGCGGAGCUAUCAGUAUGCCAUGGCUUCACAAGGUCGAUGCUGUUCUGCAAAACUGGUUCGCUGGUAUGGAGGUUGGAAAUGCCGUCGCCGAUUUACUGUCUGGUCGCAUCUCGCCAAGUGGCCGCCUCCCAACAACUUUCCCGGUCCGGAUCGAAGACGUGCCAUCUAACAAGAAUUUCCCAUAUGAUGCGAACUUGGACAUUCGCUAUGCUGAAGGCAUGAACGUGGGAUACCGAGCUUUGAUGCAACCCGGCGCGCCUGCUCCACUGUUCCCCUUCGGACAUGGACUGUCUUAUGCCAAGUUUGAAUAUUCCGACCUUUCUCUAUCAAAGGGAGAGGGCCAGAAUAUUUGCGUUGCUAUAGUAAAGGUUACAAACACAUCACAGGGGGACGGCAUGGAGGUGGUCCAACUGUAUAUCGACGGGCUUCUGAGGGCUUUCGACAAGGUCCUGAUUUCAGCGGGAAGUACCGUCACGGUUAGCCUGAAUCUUGACAAGUACUCCUUCAGCGCCUGGAAUGACACGGCCAAGAUGUGGGAGAUAGAGGUACGGGACUAUGUAGUCGAUGUGCGGCAAGAUGCAUUGACUGUCAUUGCUCAAAAGACUUGGACUAUCGACAGUGCUGAAGGAGCGCAGUGGGAAGGGCUAUGAAUAUCUGUUAUAAUUAUAGGUACCGGAGUGAUACG